GACGGGCAGCUCACUGCCCCCGCGCGCGCGUGGGCGGCCCCGGCUCCGCGCUCCGAGGCCCGCGCCUCCCGGGGCGGGCGGCGGUGCGCGCCCUGCGGCGCCAGGCCCGAGGGCUGCGAGGAGCCCGCCAGCGCCGUGGGUCCCCUCCCGGGCCGCGCCGCAGGGGGUGCCGCAGGGCUGGGAGGGGCCGGCGGCGGCGCGCGGAGCCCACAGCGGGCGGCUGGCACUAGGACCCGCGGGGGCCUCCCAGGCCGCGGCGCCUCCCGCUCCCCCAGCCCUCCUCCCCCUCAAAAAUGAGGAAACAGAGCAACUUGCUCAGAGUUGGGCAGCCGCGGCUGCCUUGGGGUGCGCAGCCGGCGCGCGCGGACCCUCCUGGGGGCGCGCGCGGGGCGCGGCCAGUGGGCGCCGCCUAAGCAGGUGAGCCCUCGCUUCCUCUGCACCUGGCACCCCCCGCCAAUCUCAGACAGGAUGCCAACGAGGCGCUGGGCUCCAGGCACUCAGUGCAUCACCAAGUGUGAACACACACGUCCCAAGCCAGGAGAGCUGGCCUUCUGCAAGGGUGACGUGGUCACCAUUCUGGAGGCCUGUGCGAGCAAGAGCUGGUACCGUGCCAAGCACCACACCAGCGGGCAGGAGGGGCUGCUGGCAGCCGGCGCGCUGCGGGAGCGUGAGGCCCUCUCCGCCGACCCCAAGCUCAGCCUCAUGCCGUGGUUCCACGGGAAGAUCUCAGGCCAGGAGGCUGUGCAGCAGCUGCAGCCACCUGAGGAUGGGCUGUUCCUGGUGCGCGAGUCGGCAAGGCACCCCGGCGACUACGUGCUGUGCGUGAGCUUCGGCCAUGAUGUCAUCCACUACCGCGUGCUGCACCGGGAUGGCCACCUGACCAUCGACGAGGCUGUCUGCUUCUGCAACCUCAUGGAUAUGGUGGAGCACUACAGGAAGGACAAGGGAGCCAUCUGCACGAAGCUCGUGAGACCCAAGAGGAAGCAGGGCACCAAGUCAGCGCAGGAGGAGCUGGCCAAGGCCGGCUGGUUACUGAACUUGCAGCAUUUGACGCUGGGAGCACAGAUCGGAGAAGGAGAGUUUGGAGCUGUCCUUCAGGGCGAGUACCUGGGGCAAAAGGUGGCUGUAAAGAACAUCAAGUGUGAUGUGACAGCCCAGGCCUUUCUGGACGAGACAGCAGUCAUGACGAAGAUGCAGCAUAGGAACCUGGUGCGUCUGCUGGGUGUGAUCCUGCACCAGGGGCUCUACAUCGUCAUGGAGCACGUGAGCAAGGGCAACCUGGUGAAUUUCCUCCGGACGCGGGGCCGGGCCCUCGUGAGCACCCCCCAGCUCCUGCAGUUCUCCCUGCACGUGGCCGAGGGCAUGGAGUACCUGGAGGGCAAGAAGCUGGUGCACCGAGACCUUGCGGCCCGCAACAUCCUCAUUUCUGAGGACCUGGUGGCCAAGGUCAGUGACUUUGGCCUGGCCAAAGCUGAGCGCAAGGGCCUGGACUCCAGCCGGCUACCAGUCAAGUGGACAGCACCUGAGGCUCUCAAACAUGGGAAGUUCUCCAGCAAGUCGGAUGCCUGGAGUUUCGGGGUGCUUUUAUGGGAGGUCUUCUCAUACGGCCGGGCUCCAUACCCCAAGAUGUCGCUGAAGGAGGUGUCAGAGGCUGUGGAGAAAGGGUACCGCAUGGAGCCCCCUGAGGGCUGCCCAGGCCCCGUCUAUGCCCUCAUGGGCAGCUGCUGGGAGGCCGAGCCUGCCCGCCGGCCACCCUUCCGAAAACUGGCUGAGAAGCUGGCCCGGGAGCUGCGGGGCCAGGAAGCGGACAGUUCCACCACACCCCGCAGCCAGGAGCCCUGAGCCUGCCCAGCGGGGCCCCAGGCCCCAGGAGAGAGUGGAGGGGUCCAGAGCGGGCCCAGCUUGCAGCAGGGCAGGCCCUCAUGGGGGGAUCUGGGCAACCCGUGGACACCACAGCGCCAGCAGGUGAAGGAUGAGCGGC